AUGGCUGAACCCCAACAGGACAUGAGGGAGAAGCCCACAGUCAGAAUUCAGAGCCACAAAGAAAAUGACUUCACUGAAGUUGAACUGGAUAGACAACAGCUGAGUUACCAAAAUUUACUGAAAGUGAGCUGCUGUAAACUGGGCAUUAACCCACAACAAGUGGAGAAGAUCAGAAAGCUACCAAACACACUACUCAGAAAGGACAAAGACAUUCUAAGGCUAUGGGACUUUCAGGAAGUAGAACUCACUUUAAUGAAAAAAGGAAGCUCUGAACUGAUAGAAUACACACCAUCUCUGUUAGAGAAGCCCUGCUACAACAGCAAUGCUGCAAAAAUGACAUAUUAA